AUGAACAUGGACAAGAGAACAGCUGGCGAGCUCGCCACCGUAUACGCUGCGCAAAUCAAGGGGAAGAUCAUCCUGACGACCGGCGUGUCCCCUGGUGGUGUGGGUGCCGCCUUCGUCAAGGCACUUGCGACGGCUGAGCCCGCACUGCUCAUCCUUGCUGGCCGCAACCCCGUCUGCACUUUGGACCUCGACCUUGCCUUGCUGGAAGGUGUCCGCAAGGCUGUGGCAACGGUAAACGCCUGGGAUGAUGUGCCCCGGAUUGACGUCCUCGUGAAUAAUGCUGUGGUGAUGGCCGUCGACUGGGCGGCCUCGCCCGAGGGACUGGAUAGCUAUGCCUUUGACCUGGAAGUUUCGACAUAA